GCAAAACUGUCAGCAGUGAAGGGAGUGUGGGCGGGCUUAGGAAAAGAGAUCAGUCACUUCAGCCCUGUGGUGCAUACAACUUUUCUCCUCACUGUUUGUGUGUGAUUGAAAAAGGAUAUCACCAACUUUACAAAUCCCCAAAAAAGGACCAAACGGAAGCAAAAAAAAAUGGAAGAUUUCUAUUAUCAUGACGAUGAAGACUUCAACUUUACUGACGGUUACGAUUACAAUUACGAGCACAGCAUUUGUGACAAGGAGGAAGUGCGCUCUUUUGCCGGUGUCUUCCUCCCGGUCAUCUAUGCCCUGGUUCUGGUGGUGGGCCUGGCUGGGAAUGCCCUGGUAGUGGUGGUCUACACAUCAAAGCUGCGACUACGAACCCUGACAGAUGUGUGCAUCCUUAACCUCGCCAUUUCGGACCUGUUGCUUCUCUUCACCCUGCCCUUCUGGGCGGCCGAUGCCGUCCAUGGCUGGAUGCUGGGUUCGGGAGCCUGUAAGCUCACCUCCUUCCUCUACAGUACCAACUUCAGCUGUGGCAUGUUGUUGCUGGCGUGUAUCAGCGUGGAUCGCUACCGCGCUGUAGCCCACAAUACAAUGGGCAGGACCGGGACAAGUCCCCAGGUGAGGAGACAGUGGCUCCUGGUGUGUGUGGUGUUGUGGGCUGUAGCCAGCUUUCUUGGCCUUCCUGAACUCAUCUUCUCAACAGUAAAGCACUCCCAUCACAGGAUAGCCUGUACAGCUAUCUACCCGCACAGCAUGGCCCGACCAGCAAAGGCUGCCCUGGAGCUGCUGGAGGUGAUCCUUAGAUUCGUGCUACCUUUCUUGGUCAUGGUGGUGUGCUACUGUUGGGUUGGGCGGGCGCUGAGCCAAGCAGCCGGGGUGCGGAGGGACCGGAAGUGGCGUGCCCUGCGUGUCCUGCUGGCUGUGGUGGCUGUAUUCGUGCUCACCCAGCUGCCCUACAAUGUGGUCAAGCUGUGCCGAGCGAUGGACAUCAUCUACAUCCUCGUGACUGACUGUGAGGUCAGCAAGGGCCUGGAUCGAGCUCUCCAAGUGACAGAGAGCUUGGCGCUGGCCCACGCCUGCAUUAACCCCCUACUCUACGCCUUCAUUGGAUCAUCCUUCAGGGGACAUGUCCUCAAGGUUGUCAAGCGCCUUGGACAGCGACUUGGGAGACACCCAGCACCUGUCAACCAGGAGCCGGCAGUGGAGAUUGCACUCAAUGCACGCACUCAAACGCAAUCCCAGUCGGGUUCAGAAGACCAAGACACCAGCACCUUUACUAUUUAAGACUCAAACAUGCUAUCUAUUUUCCUGUAAGCACCUAAACAAGAUUGUAUGUAUAUAUAUUUACACAUCGUUGCUCUCAUAUAAACAUCAAUAACCAUAUAUAUUAAUGCUUAGUGUAAUAAGUAUAUAUGUACAGUGAGUUUAUAAGCGCUAAUGAAGCAAAGUAUUUUGUAUAAAUUAUGUAUUUUCCUAAAUAAAAGAAAG